UUUGCUGGCCUGGAUCAAGUUGUUGGGUGAAACUCAGAAGUAAACAAGGAGAUCGAGGAACAGGUGUCAACACAUCAGAAGCAAAAAUGGGAAGAAAGAAAAUACAAAUUUCUCGUAUUCUUGACCAGAGGAACAGACAGGUGACUUUCACCAAGCGUAAGUUUGGUCUGAUGAAGAAGGCCUACGAGCUGAGCGUGCUCUGUGACUGUGAGAUCGCCCUCAUCAUCUUCAACAGCACCAACCGUCUGUUCCAGUACGCCAGCACCGACAUGGAUAAAGUGCUGCUGAAAUACACAGAGUACAGCGAGCCGCACGAGAGCCGCACCAACACGGACAUACUGGAGACCCUGCGGAGGAAAGGCCUGGGUCUCGACGGCUCAGAGCUCGACAGCGAGGAAAGCAUGCAGGUGGCAGCAGAUAAAUAUCCUCUCAGCGAGGGCAUGGAUCUCUCUGUGGCUCGCCAGCGCUUCUACGCUCCGUCUCUGCUCUCACCGGAGGCACAGUUUCUGGUGUCUGCAGGCUGUGAGAACGGUUUCCCCAACUCCUCCGGAUCCAGCAUGGCCUCCCACAGACCUCCAGGAUUUAAAUCUCUGAGCUCCAGACCCGGUUCUGCCAGCCCUGCUGCGCCGCACACACACACCGCGUUCAUGACCCCGCACUCAGGUAUCGGCUACUCCGUGUUCUCCCACGGAAACCUGAAUCGAGCUCUGGACAUGAAGAGCCCUCCUCCUCUGAACCUGGGCACUGACAACCUGCGGGCAGAUGCAGCUACUCAGGCCAUGGGGGCUGCACGUGUUAACCACAACUCUGCUAGGGGCCUCUUGUAUCAGGGCCUCCACAGCAGCAGCUCCAUGGUGGCCAUGGGGAAGGCCGGGCUGUUGGGUCACAGCCUGGGAGGCUACGGCCUUCCGUCCCCCGGAGCCUCUGAGUACAGCCAGCCUGGUUUUUAUCACUCCGUUAGUUUACAGCGAGGAACAGUGAACCCCUGGCAACCAGCACAGCCGCCUCAGGAGCCUCACGGGUCCCACGGGCCUCACAUAAGUCCAGGGAUGUCCAGUGGAGGGUGCUCCUUCCCCUCUCAGUCCUGCUCCUCCACCUCUCCACAUCUGCCCUCCCUCAACCUCAGCAUCAAAUCGGAGCGCAGCUCUCCUGAGCACAUGUCCUCACCUACCUCCCCUCCUCUGCACCACCUCAGGCAGCAUUCUCCAAUGAGCAACCCCGAUUCUGCUCGCCAUACCCCUCCGGAAAGCGGUCCGGCCAAUGGCAAGGAGUUUCCCAAAGGCGGCUACCCGCAAGACGAGGAGGACGGAGGGCAGUCGCUCAGGCAGCUAGAGAUGAGUGACGGCUGGCAGAGAUAGCCGGCUGCUGCAGUCUAACACCAUCUCCCAUUCAACAGCUGUCUUUCAGCAGAACCAGAUGGGGAGGAUGUGUCCCCGUCAUCCCAGAGAGCAACGCCUCUCUUUUCCUCCUCACACAGAGCUGGUCUCUCCUGGGCAGCAGAGAAUUCUUCUCUGCAUCUCUUGCUUGAUCCCACGAGGAGAUAGAUGCAUACAGACUUGCGCUUUCUGUUUGGUUAGGUUUAGUUUUCUGUGUGGCGCUAAUGUGAAUCGAAAAAUGCAAUUGGAAAUGUGUUUGUUUUGUUUCUGUGACUUUGUUCAAGUUCGCUGCAGCAGCACAGCGGGACCAACUGAGCUUCUCCAAAAGUGCAAAUAUCUGCAUUUGGCUUUCAAAGCAAGAAAACUUCUGAGUAGUUCAGUGCUUGACUGUGGUUUGGUGUGAAAUUUGGAAAACAGCAAAUUAUGCAACAUUGAAGUUUUUGUAUAAAUGUUCUGGACAGACACAUAAAACCAGUCAGAUUUCACAGGACAGUGAAGUGUUCCUGUGCACUCGGGCAUUUUAAAGGACAGAUUGUCAUUUUUUUUAAGUCAGUCUUGAAACUCUGCUGAUACAUUUUUGGUCACCUGCUGUCCACACUGGCUAUGAACAAGUCCUUUCAUAAUGGACUUUCAAUGAGAGAGAUGGCGCACAAACUCCCCUCUGUUGAUUUGGUGUAAAGGUGCAUUCUGAAGUCCAGCUAACAGGAGGUUUCAGCAGCCUGAAAAGCUAUUUGCGUUGCUCAGAUAGUGUUUCACUGCUGUGCUUUGUUGGAGUAACAGUCGAGUUUAUUUGCAGAGUACAAUCUAAUACUAAAGCAACUGCUGCGAGGUAACAAAGAGAAGGAGUGUUGCUCUAAAAAUACCGUAAAUUUGCAAGAUUGAUUUGUUUAACUCAUUCAUGCAUUUUUACACAGAGCCAGUCUUUCACUGCAGCGUUUCUUCAGGGUCGGUGUUAACAGGAGGAACAAGCCACAUACGGUUUAAGACAGACUUCUAAAAAUGUCCUUCUAGAUGGUUUCUGUAGGAAAUGUUAAAAAAAAAAAAGAAAAAAAAAAGCUUUCUUAUCAGGUUUGUCUUCUAAGCUUCAGCUGUGUUCUUCUUUCACAUGAUGCUAAUUUCGUUCUAUUUCAGAUUAAAAACUGAUGUCCGCCUGCUUCAACUUAAGACCAAAGUGUUUGAAUCCCGUCCAGAUACCAAAACAGCCAAAGAUUUUUGUUUAAAUUUGGUCUAAUUUAAUUUCAGUGCUUUAAAAAAAAUGCAAACUCUUUCCAAAGGCUUUACUUAUGAAGUGCAUAUUGUAGAUAUUAUGAUAUUUAGAAAUACAUGAGACACUGUUCAAAAGAAGAAGUAUCUAUAGGAUGUUUUAUUUAAAACACACACACACACACACACACACACACACACACACACAUACACAUUUUCAUCUGGUUUUCAUUACGUCUGUACUUUUUAAUGUUGUGCACUGGAUGUUUUAAUAUCGAACGCAAUAAUUCAGGCUAUUUCCACUGAUUGUCCACAAGGGGUCAUCUUAUUUCACGCCGUGGCUCUGAUUGGAGAAACGUGCAGCAUAGAGAAGACCUGCAGGCUUCUCUGCUUGCUGAUUAAUUAUCUAAUGAAUCUCCAUGACAGGACACGGGUUCGGUGAUGCCGCCCCGAUGACAUUUAGCAAAUACAUCACGACAAACUCUGCAGAGAUUCAGUAAUCCGGCCGGUGGAGGUCUUCAAAUGGAAGUUGUGCUGUGGAAUUAGCUCUCCUUUCUUUAUUUUUUUUUUUAAAUGCAAUUAAUUAAUAUCAGCAUGAAAAAAACAAGUUAUCAGUAUUCUGAUGUUUUGGAUUGAUUUUGGGUUUUUUUGUAUGUUUGCUGAAUGCUUCACUAACAGAACAAAGACGGAUUUUUAUUUGACAUUUGUUGUGAUUCCUUUGAAUUAAAUAAAUAAAAAACUGUUUAAUUUGUA